UACACCAGCUUGUUUGAUCCUAUGAAUCGUAUUGAUGAAGGUCGUGGUCUUCUCUGAUUCGGAGAGUGUUGUGUCCUACGCGUCCUCAGUCGAACCCCUCCCUGUUGUAGACUCUGAUUCGGAAUCGGAACGGUAUGACAACUUCCAACUUAAUAAGGAUAUCAUUAACAAGGAGUCCCUGGGCAGUAAAAGUCUCGUCCCUCCAAGAUAUACACUUCCCAUCCUCGCUACAACCUCUUUCCACUCACAACCACUAGAUUCUCCCCCAAUACCGCUUCAAGUGAAGUUUGCAGACCCCGCAACCAGCAGCGGAUCAGACCACAGUACUGUCAGAGAGUUGGGAUCAGGUGAUGACAGCUCUGAAAGUGAUGGGAUUUACGAAGCUCAGGAAGAUAUACGGUUGUCUAAAUACCUGAACACUUAUGAGCCACCUCAGACAACCUCCAAAACUAAUCUGGGCACUGAAAAUCAGAACUCCAGGACAACUUCCUGCUGCGCCUCAUGUGCAGCAAUGUUGCCUUACAAGACGUGGAAGAGUGUAGUUUGGUUCCUACUCACGUGGCUACUUACUAUAGGCCUGUUAAUCAGUGCGUGUACUAAUUGGUGGCUUGUAGGACCUCCCGACUCAGACGGAGAAACUACACAUAUCGGCUUCUUCCAAGACUGCUCAGUUAAAGAUGUUAAUAAAACAGUAAAUGGGACUGAGCUCACUCAAUCCUUAUUCCGUUGUAAUGGUAUCAGGACGGACUUUCAGUCGCUUAUGUUGUUGAUAGUGACCGCUACACUAGGAGUAGGGAUAUUGUCCCUGUUUUUCCUGACCAUCCUCACUCUGGUCUACUGUUUCUGUGAUCAGCUGACCGCUUGUGGACGCUCCUUCCAUACCCUUGCUGGUAUCUGGCAAGCCACAUCAUCUGUGUUGGUGUUGAUAGGGGUGUUCCUAUUCCCGAUCCUCUGGGAGCAGGACUGGGUAACAAACGUUUGUAAGAGCAGCAAGAUAUUUGUGUUGGGGGAUUGUGUACCUGGGUACUCUCUCUACCUCGCCAUAGCUUGCUCUCUUCUGGGAUACUUUGUCGCAGGGUUCAGUACAUCACUUGAUGUUAAGACGUUCGACGUCACCGAAUUCGGCAGCAUGGAAAGUCUGGACACCUACAGCUACAAACGGGAAAUAUGAACCCCAGCACUAGAAAAUAGCAAACAUAGAGUUUUAACCCAAGUUUUUGAGAUCUUCGAGUAAGAUGUUUUAUCUCUACAUUUUACAACCAAGGACUAUCUAUGAAGUUCUAAUACGGACAUCUAAUUUAUGUUAACGCUCUGUACGUUGAUCAGCGACCUCACAGUUCACGCUGUUAUGCGACUGUAUCUGAUUGUAGGCUUGUUGGAAUUGUUUUUAAUUUUUAAAACAAGAAACGAUUACUUAUCAAUGAUUAAUGAAACUGUUCUUUAAUUAAAUGUGAUUUGCUUUUGUUAACUAUUAUUUUACUCUCUUGAAACUUUGAGAGACCGUAUUUUCUCUGCUUAUAUUUAUUUACAAUUGCAUUACGUAGGCUGUUAUUUUCAUUUUAUUGAAAUUUGAAUGUAUUUACCUGUUCAAUUUUUUCAUCAA